AUGGAUUCUCUCGCAUUACCACCAACACAAACCGGUGCCACGGCUCCUCCAGGCCAGGUCUUGUCUAAUGAACAACUCUCAUUACUCAAACCACUAAUUCCGGAAGAGUCAUGGCGGACAUUCAAAGUCCAUUUUGAGGAGAUUCACUUUUUCUGGGCCAAAUUGCUUUUGGACACUUCGGUGACUGGCACAAACGCAACCAUUCUUAACGCCCUCGCAGCUAUCCGGAUAGUUGAUAGCAUUCUUUCGGACGAAGGUCUACCGCGCUGGAAGCACCGAUUCGCCUACAUACGGUUGGCAAGAAUUCUGGAGUCACUUGAUAGAAUCAUCGGUCGCGAGAGACAGAAAGGACAUGUUAGUGGCCGCCGCGGGCAAGGCAAUUCCACCAUCAAGCGCGACAUGUACCUCCAGGCUGUUGAGGGAGAGUCGGGUAAAACUCUCGGUGAUCUUCGCCCACGUUGGGGAAAACGUUUAGACAAAAUGACAGGCGGAUCCCUAUUCCUGGCGUUCGCGUAUUCAGACAAGGCAGACAGCAUGAUAAGAGACUUCUCUGUUAAGCACGACGUCUUGGAGAAUAUUUCACAUCAGGCUAUACAAGCCUGUCGCCAGGCCAUAGGCGACAGUGGAGUAUUCCCUAUCUGA